GUCAAGGCCUCGAGCACGCGGCGCCCCGGCCCGUUGUGCCGCGACGUCCCCGGCCUGCGCGUCGUCGCGCCGGGCGCCGGCGGCCUCGCCGCGGCGGGCGGCGUGCGGCACGCCGCGGUGCCGCCCGGAGGGGUCGCGGAGGAGGAGGAGGAGGAUGCGGGGCCGCUCCCCAUCGGCGCGGCCCAGGUGCCAGGGGGCACCGCGUUCGACCAGCUGGCUGCCCGCCUCGUCGACCAGCAUGCGGCCGACGUCGCCUGCCUGCGGGAGGAGAACGGGUCGCUCCGCGCGCAGGUCGCGCAGCUGCAGGGCGGCCGGCUGCGGGACGCGGCGGCGGCCGACGUCCCGCUGCGGCCGGUGCCCGCGCGCUCGGGCGGGCUGCUGUCACCGCGGCUGUGUCCUGGCGUGCCGCGGCGGCUCCCGGCGCGGGCUGCCGAGGAUGCUGACCUGGAGGUCUGCCAAGAUGUCGGCGGGGAGGUCGACGGGCAGCAGCAGUCGCUCAACCGCCGAGUGAGGAUCCCGGCGGCGGAGUUGGCCCCGUUCUUGCAGAUGUUCGACGUCGACGUGUGGAAUGCCGGCUUGGCAACGAUCUCUCCCGAACACCUUUUCCAUGUCUUGAAGAGCAGGGGCCUAAAGGACUUGUCGAUGCGGCGCGUCUCCUGGGUGAUGCAGCAUCUCGGGGGCAGCAAGGGCCACCCCGAAGAGCGCGACGCAGAGGUGAGGUUCAAAACUUUCAUGUCCUGGAUGUUCUCCAAGGAGAUCGGUAAGGCAUGGAGCAGAGAAGUUGCCGAGGAGGUGGAGCGCUGGCAGUACACCCUGAAAGCUCAGCCUGUCAGCGAGGUGAUUGCGAAUCUUCCUCAGGAAAGCAGUCCCGAAGGAGUGGACUCCAAGCGUAAUCUUGUUCCUGAGGAGAGCCCCGUCUCGGCGCAGCAGCGGAGACCCAAGAUGGACAGCAAAGUGUCGGCGACAGACGUGGCCUCGGCCUUCUUCAUUCCCAACAGACGCCGUGCGCUGGGCGGUAUAAUUGGCCGUAGCAGGGCGCAGACGAGCGUCUUCGUCGAUGCGAGCGCCCUCGAGGAGUCCGCUAAGCAGCUGGCCUGGGAUGGCGACUACGACGUUGCGAAACUGUACCACGACAAGGGUACGGCCCAGUGGCUUGCGCAGCAUCCCUUGUUCAGUACCGCUCAGUUUCUCGCGUUGCUUCUGAACACCAUCUGGAUAGGUAUCGAGACCGACCACAACGACAAGGAUAUUCUGUACGAGGCCGAUCUGGGGAUCGUGCUGGUGGAGAACAUGUUUUGCCUUUUCUUCUUCUGGGAGUGGAGUGUUCGGUUGUGCGCCUUCAGGCGUAAGUCUGAAUGCCUCUAUGACCGCUGGUUCGCUUUCGACACGGCGCUUCUGCUCUUGAUGAUGUUCGAGACGUGGGCCUUGCUAUUUGUGUCUGCUGUAUUGAACAGCGAAGCUGCCAAUUUUCCUACGGACCUCUUGCGGCUGUGCAGGCUCGCACGGUUCAUGCGGGCGGCACGCAUCGCGAGACUUCUUCGCUGCAUUCCUGAGCUGGCCGUGAUCACAAGGGGGCUCCUGGUCGUUGCGCGGACCGUGUUCUUUAUCUGUCUUCUGUUGACCUUGCUCGUCUACGUUUUUGCGAUACUUUUCGUGCAGUUCACCAGGGACACAAGCAUAAACAGCGACGGACACUUCGAUCACGUCGCAUCGGCCAUGCUCACGCUAGUUCUGAGAGGCCUCAUCCCGGACAUGGCGCCCAUGACGUACAAUUUUGCCGAGGAGAGUGCGCUGACGCAGGUGAAGCGGCUCAUUUUUGACAGUGGAUUUGAUUUUACCGAGGACGAUACCCUCACGACUCAGGAUAUAGCAAUAGUCUUGACACAGGAUAACAUAGUCGAUGGAUUUCGUCAGCUCGGCAUUGAUACGGAUGACCUGUUCGAGCACAGCAAGCUCGUCUUCAGGGACAGGAAGGAGAUCAGGCUCCGCGACUUCUGGCAGCUCAUCGCGCUGCACCGGGGGAACAGCCCCGUGAAGGUGAGGGACCUCGUGAGCAUGCGGCAGUUCCUCCACUCCGAGAUCUCCGCCCUGGCCAGCCAG